AUGACUAACAAUAAGCAUGUGCAGUACAUUCUGCUGGCAGAAUUUGACAUUGAUAAGGGAGCUUCCUUAAAAUACCAAUAUCCUAAUGAGACAGGCACCGAUGAGCAUAUACUAUCAGAGCUCAUGUUGCCUGAUGGAGCUCAUUUGCGUGCUGAAGAUUGGACGAUUUUCUGUUUGAAUCAAUUGACACCCGAUCCAGAUCAAGAUAUUGUUAAACAGGUUCAGUCCGAGGAAAAGCCCUUGCUUUAUGUGCUAAACUUGGUACGCACUAAACAUGAUGCCACUGCCAGAAGAGGUGCACGAGUGAAGGCCAUGGCGAUAUGUACUCGACAUCAAUAUCUUCAUAUUUACAAGCCAGUACUUUUACUAGCGAUGGAAAAGUAUUUCGAGAAUCCAUGUAUGGAAAUUUUGGAAUCCUUGUACGAAGCUGUGAAUUCAAUGGAUUUAUCACGUAUGCCAAAAUUUACAUGGCAUGAACGACAGAUUUUGAGAGCGUCUGAUAAUAAAACGAUGUUUGAAGAAAUGUUUAUUGACGAUUCAGGUGACAAUCCAUCCAUUGAAGAGGACAUUAAUAUCAUGGAAGACACAGAGUUUAGUAGAUUAAGAAGAGGCACCUAUAUCGACCUGGCAUCAGGACAUGUUCGUGGCAAAAUACCCACACUGACAAAAGAUCGCCAUUUUUUUGAGACUAAAAUCGAAUACGAAGGUAUCAAAUUACCCAUCAAAAUUCCAUUGACCGUGAAUUCUGAGGAAGUAGGCGAUUUUUCGGUUAUCAAGCUGAUUAAUACUUUUACUCCAAAUAUGAACAGUCCAGGCUCGUUAAACCCUCACCAUCCUCACCUAGACAGUAGCGGUCUUUAUACACACCCAAUCAUGUUACUCUUGAACGCAUUACUUACCCAAAAGAGAAUUGUCUUUCUUGGCUACGGACAUCCUUCUGGAGAGGUGGCCAAUUAUGUCUUGGCUGCCUGUGCUCUUGGAAGUGGGUGCGGUACAGUUUUAAAAGGAUUUACAGAACGCGCAUUUCCUUAUACCAAUCUCACCAGUGUGGAUGAUUUAUUAAAAUGCCCGGGAUUUAUUGCAGGUGUUACAAAUCCUACUUAUGAGGAACAUACAAGCUGGUGGGAUGUAUUAUGUAAUAUCGAUACAGGAAAAAUUACUGUGAGCAAAGACAUUGAAUCUAGUUAUGUGAUUAAUUCAAGAAAGCCAUCCAUAUCUACCGAGGAUGUUGCCACAGCUGCAGCUUUUACAACCCUUUCCUUGGGUCGAAGUGCUAGUAUGUCAUCACAUCAAUACAAACAACAGCAGCAGCAUGGACAACCACCUCAACAACCUAUGGAAGAAAAGCGAGACAGUGAUGUAGAAUUUAUGACGGAAGUUCUGUCAGCAAUUCAAGCGCACUAUGGUGAAACCUCAAUUCGAGCAAAGUUCCAAGAUUAUGUGUUUCGAUUUGUUCGAUUGGCAGCAAUAUAUGAAGAGCAAGUGUACCAUACGACAAAGAUUGGAUGGAAUUCACCUGAAAAUAUACUGGGAUAUGGACCUGUGUUCCAAGAUGAGACAGCCAAGAAGAGAGAAUUAAACGCGAAUGCUCAACGUAUUGAAGGUUGGAGACAGACAAUAUCUUAUAAAUAUUAUCAAAUGGAUAUCGUUCAUUGGAUCCAAAAUUCAUGCAUCAAAAAUCUCGAUGUUUACCGCCAAAUAAGCAAAUUAAAGCGAUUGAAACAUAUACCUGAUCGUGAAGUAUCAUCAAUUUACGAAGCCUUUUUAAACAAUAUUAUUACACAUCGACAAAUGAUUGAGGUAAGCAAAGUGAUAUACAAUGGUCUUCUUUUUAGGUAA